UCCAACCUCUCGAUUUCUGGGAAAUCAGCUCACACUCAUCACUAGCAUCAGAGUCAGUCGGGAGCAGCGGACCGAACCCGGGCCGGCGGCGGGGUGAGGACGCAGGAUGUACUUCUGCUGGGGCGCCGGUUCCCAGGCGCGGGAGCGCCGACUGGCGCGGGAUGUAGGCGCCCAGCUGCUGCAGGCGGCCAGCGGGGAGCGCCACUCGCUGCUACUGCUGACCGACCACACGGUCUAUUCGUGCGGGGACAACAGCCGGGGACAGCUGGGCCGGAGGGGUGUGCCAAGCGGGGAGCAGCCUGAACGAAUUGAGGCAUUGGAAACUCUACAUGUUGAUCUCGUGAGCUGUGGUAAGGAGCACUCUCUCGCUGUCUGCCACAGAGGAAGAGUCUUUGCGUGGGGAGCUGGUUCUGAAGGGCAGCUGGGGAUUGGAGAAAUUAAAGAAGUAAACGUUACCCCUAAGAAAAUAAAAGCUCUAGCUGGUAUAAAAAUAAUACAAAUUUCCUGUGGACACUACCACUCCCUGGCAUUAUCAAAAGAUGGCCAAGUGUUUUCAUGGGGAAAGAACAGCCAUGGGCAGCUGGGCCUGGGCAAGGAGUUCCCCUCCCAGGCCAGCCCACAGAGGGUGAGGUCCCUGGAGGGCAUCCCACUGGCUCAGGUGGCUGCUGGAGGGGCUCACAGCUUUGCCCUGUCACUCUGUGGGACUUCGUUUGGCUGGGGAAACAACAAUGCUGGGCAGCUGGCCCUCAGUGGGAAUAAUGUCCCAGAGCAAAGCUAUAAGCCUCGUUCAAUUGGUGCACUGAAGAAUCUAGGUGUGAUUUACAUCAGUUGUGGUGAUGAGCAUACUGCAGUGCUUACUCAGGAUGGGCGAGUGUUUACAUUUGGAGACAACAGCUCUGGACAGCUAGGACACAGCACCACUGCCAAGGCAAGAGGCCCACAACUUGUGGAAAGAAUUGAUGGCUUGGUUUCACAGAUAGAUUGUGGAAGUUAUCACACCCUUGUGUAUGUCUACACCACUGGUCAGGUGGUAUCUUUUGGUCGUGGACCAGGUUGCACAAGCAACGUGACCCAUCAAGAAGCCACCACAGAGAACUUUGACAUGAGCUGCCUGAUUUCUGCAGAUGACCUUGUGGAUAUUCAUGUCAAACACAUUUUUGCUGGAACAUAUGCCAACUUUGUGACAAUUCAUCAGGAUGCUAGUUCCACAAGCAUUUCCAAGAAAAUUCUGCCAGAAAUAAGCCAAAUGAAUGGGUCCCUGGCAGAGGAAUGGCUAGCAGUGAAGAGAGGAAGUAAUGAAUAUGAAGUGGCUAAAAGUGAAAUUGGAAUAAUAUUUUCAUCUCCUGCUUGUCUGACUGCAAGCUUUUUAAAGCAAAGAGGAACCGAAGAAAGGAUUUCCAUUGAUGUGGACUUACAAAUGGCAAGAGAUAUCUUCAAGAAGAUAACAAAAAAGGAAUGGAUUUCUUUCAUGAUGACUGCAAGUCUCCAGGAUAAUCUGCUGAGAGCUCUCCCAUGCCAUUCUCCACACCAGGAAGCUCUGUCAGUUUUUCUCCUUCUCCCAGAAUGCCCUGUGAUGCAAGAUUCUCAGAACCAGAGCCUGGUGGUUUCAUUUGCAAAGGCCAUUUGUAAAAUGAGUAACCAAUCUUUACAAGUCCUGAAAAAGUGUUGGGCAUCAGCAGAAGCAUCUUCUCUGAACACGCUGGUCCAGAUGCUUAAAACAGCUAUCGUCUCUCAACUGCUUUUACCCACUACAAUGGAGCAGAGUCAUUUAAAUUUUAAAGCACUUCUAGAAACGAUGAAAGAAGUACAUAAGGUCACGUUCUGUAAGAAAAAUAAAUCUAACUGUCAACUACCAGAAGAUACUUUCCACAUAAAUGAGCUCUCUGACCUGCUGGACUUCCAUGCAGAGAGACAAAGACUGUUUCUUCAGAAUAACAACCUGGUACCUGCAGAAACCCCCAGUCCUGUUGUUUUCAGUGAUUUUCCAUUUAUCUUUAAUUUGCCAUGCAAAAUUAAAUUAUUGAAAGCUGAUUCAGAAAUUAAAAUGUUGGAAUAUUCGAGGCAAACGAUUCUACCAGAAGGGAAUACGCUGUCUACAUUUACACUUAGAGUAAGACGGAGACACCUGGUUGAAGAUGCCCUGCGUCAGUUAAGCCAAGUUGAAGUCCCUGACCUUCGGAAAUUAUUAGUGGUUGAGUUUAUUAAAGAAAUUCGUCCUGAGUCUGGAGGGGUCAGUUCAGAGUUCUUCCACUGUAUAUUUGAAGAGAUGACCAAGCCAACCUAUGGAAUGUUCAUGUAUCCUGAAAAAGAUUCCUGCAUGUGGUUUCCAGUCAAUCCCACAAUUGAGAAGAAGAGAUAUUUCCUCUUUGGGAUGCUGUGUGGACUCUCCCUAUACAAUUUAAAUGUUGCCAACCUUUCUUUCCCACUGGCUCUGUAUAAGAAACUUCUGGACAAAAAGCCAUCAUUGGAAGAUUUAAAAGAACUCAAUCCUCUUUUGGGGAAGAAUUUGCAAAAAGUUCUAAAUGAUGAAGCUGAUGACCUGGAAGAACUUUCCAUAUAUUUUUCUAUACACUGGGAUCAAACUGAUGUUGAUUUAAUUCCAAAUGGAAUCUCUAUAGCUGUGGACCAAGGCAAUAAGAAGCACUAUGUUUCUAGGUGUGUUGAUUACAUUUUCAACAUCUCUGUAAAGGCAGUUUAUGAGGAAUUUCACAGAGGAUUUUAUAAAGUUUGUGACUGGGAGAUAAUUAGACGUUUCCAACCUGAGGAACUCAUGAUGGCGAUAAUUGGAGAUACUAAUUAUGACUGGAAACGAUUUGAAAAGAAUUCCAAGUAUGAACAAGAGUACCACAGAUCACAUCCAACUAUACAGAUGUUUUGGAAGGCUUUCCACAAGUUAACUUUGGACGAAAAGAAAAAAUUCCUCCUGUUUCUUACAGGACGUGAUCGGAUGCAUGUAAGAGGCAUACAGGAUAUUGGAAUAAUAUUUCGCUGUCCUGAAAGUUUCAGUGAAAACGACCUUCCAAGAUCAGUGACAUGUUAUAGUAUUCUAGACCUGCCUAAAUAUUCUACAAUGGAAAGAAUGGAAGACGCACUUCAAGUAGCUAUCAACAAUAGCAGAGGCUUUGUGUCACCCAUGGCCACAUUGUAAUGAUCUCCUUACAGAGUCUCAUACAGGCCUCAGGUUCUCAGACCUCUCAAUAUCAUCAAUAACAGUAUUUUUUGCCGUGCAUGGUGGCAAAUCCCCAGUGGCUCCAGAGGCUGAGGUAGGAGGAUGACAAGUUCAAAGCCAGCCUCAAGCAACUGGGCAAGGCCAGAGAAACUUAGUAAGAUCUGUCUCUAAACAAAACAUAAAAACAGCAGACUGGAGAUGUGGCUCAGUGGUUACCCCUGGGUUCAAUCCCCAGUACAAAAAAAUAAAUAAAUAAAUAGUAUUUCAGUGAAACAAAAUUAUAUAAAACAACAUCUCCUGUAUCCCUAACUUUGGUAUUAGAAUGUUUCCCUUUACUGAAUUAUUUCCUAAACAAUUUAAAAAUAAACUGAAUUUUGAGAAUAUUGAUAUUUUUAAAAGUAUUAUUGUACCUGUAAUAAACUGCCUGCAAGUCUGAAAACCCUAUUGAGUUUGAAUAAAAACUAAACUAAUUGUUAUAUUUUUAAGGUAUGUAGAUGUAUAUUUUAUAAUAAGGAAUAUCUCUAGAGGUUUUGAUUUUAUCAAACUGCUAGUUUAUUUGAAAUAUCUAAACAUUAAAUGUUUCAUUAAUUCAUUCAAUAAUUACUUAUACUCAAUACAGUGUUCUAAGAACCAUUCUAAAAGCAGUUAUAAUUGUUUUGGUUAAACACUGAACCCAAUCAGGAACUCCUACUUAUAGCUGGCGAAAUGUGAAGUUGAAAUGUGUCAUUAUCCUGGUUGUGCAGUAAAUUAAUAAAGAGUUUGAACUAUUAGCAAACAGUUAAUGAAUUUUGUGGACCAGUUCUACCUAAUGUUAUAUUUUAAGCUGUUAUAUAGCUUUGAAAUGAUUCCAAAUACAAAUUUGCUAUAUUAGUGACAUACAUUUUGCUGUGAUGACAACUUGAAGGGUAAGCCCCUUGCCCUGAGAAUAUUUUAUCACACUUCAUCAGACCCCAUGUGUGAGUUUCUGUCUUCAGUCAGUGGACUCCAAAAUACCUAUUAAACCCAAGAGUUCGGCAGACACUUUGAGAGCCGAGGUUGUGGCAGACCACACUGUGUUGGUCACUUCUCCAAAGAUGGAGAACACAUGCCAGGGCAGGGCUGCCCAGAUAGCCUUUGAGCCAAGUCCUAAAGCCUGGUCAGGCAGAACAACACUGCCCACGUGUCCAGUCUCUGCUGAGAAUUACUCUCACUCAGGGACACCUGAAACAUGAUCAGACUUUUCCUUUCCAUCCUAAUUGGACCACUGUAGACUUAAUAAUUAGACUCCAAUAAAAUUGGAACUGACACACUAUGUGGUUAAUGUACCUCCCCUAUUGAAUGUACUCCCUGUGAAGUUUGUUUCCAUUAUUAUUCUCCAACAU